AUGUAUGCGGUGUUGGGCGGCGGCGUGGGACCAACCACAAACGCCAACUUCCAGAAAUCAGACGACAGCGGUGGCGGGUCGUCUGAGGACACCGAGGACGAGACAUUCGUGGAGCGGGAACAGGACCUGCCCCCGAUGUCGCCAAAGCGGCGGAACCAGGAUGAAGUCUCGGCGCCGCGGCGAUGGUCCGGCUACACCGGCGAGGAGAGGGCCAAGAUGGACUAUUUGGCGAAACGCGGCUACGUGAUCCUCACGGGCACAAUGGUACACGCCGCACCCGGAUUCGUCAUGGUCGAUCCCGAUGGCGUCGUCGUGGCGAUUCGCAGCAGCACUCUUGGCUUCCUCAAGAUACACGACGUUGUGAUCAGCAUCUCUGGUUGCACGUCGGUGUCGACGGACGAACUCGUGAAGGAUGGGAAGAUCAGGCGUAUCACCUACGCUCGCUGCACGGAGACGCCUUACCCGCCCGAGAUCGUGGAGCAGAUGCGCCGUGCGUCCCUGCUGUCGCUGAUCCGGACGGAACAAGUUUGUUCCGUCUGCCUGUGCGAGACGGAUGGCCGUCUUCGUGGCCACGGCCAUCUCGUGGUGUGUGGCGGGCACAAGACGCAGCUCGGAAACGUGGCCCCCGAUGAUGCUUGCGACGAUGCAGACUAUCACAAGAUCCUGCGUCAGGAGCAUGCACAGCCGCGAAGCUGCCGAAAUUGCACUGCCGUCAUCAUGGAAGACUUGACCGGCCGGCUCGUCCCCCGCUCCACCAAGAAGGAGAAGAAGAAGAGCCCGCCCAAGGAG